AUGGUGACUUUUCUCGUUCUCGGUCUGCUUUCUGUAGUCGGUCUGACUUCGGCGGCGACUCCAGGGAACAUACAGAGUUACUUACAGAGUGAGCUCUCGUCCAAAUCUGAAAUUUAUCUUUCUAGCUCCCAGUCCUACCAGACUGAGCUUACGGAGAGGUGGAAUGCAUACCAGGCGCCAUCUUACGUUGUGGGCGUGAAACCUGCUACUGCACAAGACGUCUCCGCUAUCAUCAAGUAUGCGGCGCAAAAUAACAUCGCUUUCAUGGGUACGGGUGGCGGUCAUGGCUACACUACCACAACCAGUGCCGUCAACAAUGGAAUCAACAUCGACCUCGGUGCUUUCAAGAGCAUUUCCAUAGACAAGGCAGCCAGCACAAUGACCAUUGGGGGCGCAGUCACCUUUGGAGAGGUCUUGGAUCCAGUGUUUGCGGCUGGAAAAGAGAUUCAAACUGGAUCUUGCUCAUGCGUUGGGUUUGUUGGCGCGACUCUAGGCGGUGGUAUUGGCCCAUACCAAGGUCUUCAUGGCCUGAUUAUCGAUGCGCUCCAGUCCGUUACCAUGGUGACUGCCAAAGGCGACAUUGUCAACGCAUCUUCGUCUGAAAACAGCGAUCUGUUCUGGGGCCUUCGCGGUGCUGGAAUGAACUACGGUAUCGUGACCUCUGCGACGUACAAGUUGGCGGAUCAGACAAACGGCGGUCGUGCCUUGAACGGCGACUUCCUUUUCCCCGCCAGCGAGAACGCGACUGUGUUCAACAUCUUGAGCAAGUUUGCUGGAUACCAGCCAAAUGCUUUGGCUCUUACUAGCGCCAUCCAGUAUUCGACUGAUUAUAACACGACAGUCAUCAUGGUCAACGCGGUAUACAUUGGCGCAGAGACCGAAGGAAGGAAAGUCCUCGCACCAUUGCUUUCCACCAAGGCUCUCACGUCAAAUGUCACCAUGAUCCCCUACAACCGCCUCAUCUUGGAGAACCGCUUUGGCGUGGACCCCCUCGGUUGCAUUGCAGGUCUUCCUCAAGCGGCUUACGGCUUGAACCUCUACAAAUACGAUGUUGCGACCUACCAGGCAGCCCUUGCUUCAUGGAUCGACUUCUACGACAAAACAGGACUGACAACCUCGUACAUGGUGACAGAAAUGUUUCCAACCAAGGUCACCCUCCAGACGGCAGACGCCGAGACUGCGUAUCCCUACCGCAACACGAUGGCGUAUCUAUUCAUGAGUUUCAGUGGCUUCACGACUGACGAACAGAAUUCUGCCAUUGCAGAUUUUGCCAAGGCGAGACGCGCAGACUUUGCGAAGCUCAAUGGUGAAAAGGGACUCCAGGUAUACGUCAACUAUGCGCAUGGCGACGAGGGACGCGAUGCUUGGUACAGUACAGAGAAGCUCCCGAAGCUUGAGCAGCUCAAGAAGAUGUGGGACCCACAGAGCUUGUUCAACUUCACAAACGGGUUCGCUUAUUAG